GAGCGACCGAAUGAGAAUAAAGUAGAAAUACAUGAGUCUUCCAAAAGAGCUGGGUGUGAAGUAUUGAAAGAGAACCUUCACAGUCCAAGUGGAUUAAAAAUGCAGCUGGCGAACUACAUUGAAAUGGAGAGAAAUUUCUCUCUUGCUUCUCGGGGUGUGGAGUAUAUCGAAGCCCCAAACAAACAAGAAACCCAGACAGAAAAGAAAAGGAACAAGUGCCUUGAUGCUCACUGGCGAAUCAACACAGAGGAGAAACCAAAUAAAAGCUUGAAAUUUGGGAAGAACUUCAGCCAGAAUAGAAAUGUUACAAAACACCAGAGACUUCACAGAGGGGAGGUGCCAUAUAAGUGCUUGGAGUGUGGAAAGAGCUUCAACUAUAGGGGAAGCCUCACUUCCCAUCAGAGAAUCCACAAGGGAGAGAAGCUUUACACUUGUUCAAACUGUAACAAGAGCUUUAUUCGUAAAUCCAUCCUUAACCUGCAUUUGAGAAUGCACACAGGGCAGAAACCAUACAGCUGCUCUGACUGUGGCAUGACCCUGAGUGCUCAGUCGAGCCUCGUCAGACAUCAGAGAAUCCAUACCAGAGAAAAACCCUAUCAUUGUUCAGAAUGCGGAAAGAGCUUUGGCCAGAGUUCAGACCUCAUUAGACACCAGAGAACCCACACUGGGGACAAGCCAUACAAAUGCUUUGAGUGUGGAAAGAGCUUCAGUCGCAGCACAGGGCUUACUUCGCAUCAGAGAACCCACACCGGGGAGAGGCCAUACCAAUGCUCGGACUGUGGCAAGGGCUUUUGCGAAAAAUCAAAUCUGAUUCAGCAUCAGAGGACUCACAUGGGAGAAGUGGUGUAAAAUACUGCAAGUGAGGAGAGCGCAGCUGUUACCAACAAAUAUCUAAUUGCCCAUCAAAGAAUUUGCAUGCACCAAAGGUCAUGUAUAAAAUGUUUGGUGUGUGGAAAAGGACUUCUGUAAGAACAGAACUCCUACUUCACAUAAGAGAAUUCACAUGGGACAAACUCUACAGCUGAACUCUUUCCUAGACCCAGAAUAAUUACAGAUGCUCUUUUUUAUUUUUUGUAUUAGAAACAUAUACCUCUCCCCUCAAUCAGAUACAACACAGAAGUAACAGUAAAAUGCAUACUGUGGAUAAUGGAUUUGGUGACAAAUAUAUCUUAUGCUCAAUGUUUACAGAUGUUUUAAGACAAAAGAGCUGAUUGUCUCAAUGAUCAGGUGGACUUCUAGCAAUCUUGCUUCCUCAUACUUCCAGAUGUACAGCUCUGCUGUAUAUGGGAGCAAAUCCCACUAAACUUUCUGUGCAGCUGUUGUUUUGUUAGAUAUUCUUACCUGAAGUGAAACCACAGCAGCAUACACUGCCACCCACCUGGAACACCACACAGGCCACAGCAGAAACCUCUGAGAUAAAACUUUUGGGAUAAAUUUUGAGUUUAGAGGGGGAAGACAAAUAAGGAGAGGGAAAGAACACAUGAUAGAGGUUUAUAAAAUUUUGCAGUAUGGAGGAAGUAGGGAAAGAGGACCCCCCCCCAGAACAUCAGAACUUGGGGGGCAUCCACUACAGUGAAUGGUCUGUAGGUUCAGAAUAAACAAAUAUAUAGGUUGUGUGAGUUCCCCAUAAUUAUCCUGUCACAGGAUGUAUUGAUGGUUUUUAGAGGAACUCAGACAAAUUGGAGGGAGAGGUCCAUCAAUGGGUGUUUAAAUGGAGUCUCCAUGUACAGAAGCAGUGUACCUGUGAAUGUUUCUCACUGAUGGAAAACAGUCAGCUGUGCUUGUUGGCCUUCCGAGGGCAUUUGGAUGUAUGUAUGGGGGUGGGGGAGAGUAGGGGGGAACACAACCUCAUAUGC